CCUCCCCGCCGAAGCGCGGACGGACGAACGGACUCGGAAGCGGAGCGAGGACAGCUCGCGGAUUUACAAAAAAGUGCCACCGGAUCCGGUUCGGGACGCUCCUCGGUGGCUUUGUGGGAGCGCGUCUGCGGGGGCUCCAUGAGUGAAGACGGGCUGCCUCAGAGAAGCUCUCUGCUGACAUAAGGCGGAACCGCACAGCAACACGCGCUCGCCGCCGGCAAGGCGUCUUCUCCCGCCGCCCCCGAGAGCCAUGAGCCGGCCGCCCGUGGACCACGUCGCCGGCAGUUUCCGAGAAGAUGCUCCUCGGCCCCCGGUGCCCGGGGAGGAGGGCGAGGCGCCCCGCCGCCCCUGCAAACGCGCCGCCAUGAAACCCGAGCCCGCCAAAUCCCUCGCGCCGGGCCCCUCCGCCGGGAGGAACCAGGACGGCCUCGGGGAGCCCGAGGGCAGCGCCUCCCCGGACUCGCCGCUCUCGCGCUGGACCAAAUCUCUGCAUUCUCUCCUCGGGGACCAGGACGGCGCCCUCCUCUUUCGGACAUUCCUGGAGGCGGAGAAGUGCGGCGACGCCUUGGACUUUUGGUUCGCCUGCAACGGCUUCCGGCAGAUGGACCUGAAGGAUACCAAAACGCAGCGGGUGGCCAAAGCCAUUUACAAGCGCUACAUCGAAAACGACGGCGUGGUCGCCGAGCGGCUCAAGCCCGCCACCAAGACCUUCAUCCGGGACAACAUCAAGAAGCAGCACGUCGACUCGGCCAUGUUCGACCAGGCGCAGACGGAGAUCCAGACCGACAUGGAGGAGAACGCUUACCGGCUGUUCCUGUCGUCCGACGUUUUCGUCAAGUUCGUGAGGAGCGGCGGGGAGAACCCCAACCACGUCAACGCCGACGGGCUGAGCGACCUGCGGCUCGUGUGCGGAUACCUGCCCACGCUCAACGAAGAGGAGGAGUGGGCUUUGGAUUUCAAGAGCAGAACGGCCGCCCGCCUGCCGCUCAAGACGCCGGAGGUGACGGAGAGGGGCUACGGGUGGUCCAGAGGAGGCGACCUGGUGUGCCGCGUGGGAUCCUUGGCGCCCGCCAGCAGCACCAACGACAGCGAAGUGUCCGGCGACGCCCUCACGGACGACAACGCGUCGGUGGCGGACAGCGGAGUCGAUGCCGUCCCUCCGUACAAACUGAGCUCCAAGAAGCUGCUUCAGCGGGAGAUGCAGCGCAACGUGCGGAUGAACAGCCAAGCGUCCCUGCCCGCCUUCCCCCGCACCCGCUGCCCUCCCCGGGAAGGCGUCCCGGUGGAGCCGGCGAAGUUUGCGGCCCAGCUGAUCUCGCGCCUGGAGAGCCUGAAGAGGGAGCAGGACACCCUCGGCUCUCUGGAGGUGAGGCUGCAGCAGAUCCAGGAGGAGGAAGAACGGGAGGACGGCGAGACGGUGGGAAGCGCUCGGCACCCGCUGAGCCUCCUCCCCGGCUCCUCGGAGGAGGACCCCCAGGCCAUCCUGGACGAGCACCUCUCGCGUGUGCUGAAGACCCCCGUUUGCCGGUCCCCCACCGUCGUCUGGCACUCGCCCCGCUCCUGCUCACCGGAGCGUCGGCCCUUCGCCCGGCCGGGGUUCGGACUCAAGGGUUCCCCGUCCGGUCCCGACCGAGGGGCCUUCGCGCUCGCCCUGGGCGUGGGCAGGCAGAGCGCCAAGCACACCCACCACCACUACAUCCACCACCACGCCGGCCCCAAGACCAGGGAGCAGUUCGAGAGGGAGGCGGCUCUCCGGGUGCGCGCCCUCUGCCCCUCCGGUCGUGGCGACAGCGCCCCCUGCCAGCCUUGCCCGCGUAGCCGCAGCCUGGGCCGCGAGAUGUGCGGCGCCGUCUCCGCCGACUCCGGCGUGGGGCGUUCCAGCUCUCUGUCCAGACGGGCGUGUCGCCCGGGCGUCGAGGAGGGCGCGUCGGAGAGGUGCACGGAGGAGCGCGGCCCCGUCCGGCCGCCCGGCGACGCGGCGGACCCGGCUCAGAACGUCUUGCGGUGGAUCCUGGAAAGCAAGCGGCAAGGCAGGCACAAGUCGAGCAGCAGCAGCAGCAGCCAAAGCGGCAAAAAGACUUUGGAAGGUUCGGCGACCCAAAGCCACACGUGGGGCGGCGGCGGAAACUGCCUUCACCUUCGCGGCCACCAGCCGUCCCAGCCCUUCAUCCAAGACCCCGCCAUGCCCCCCCUGCCCCCUCCAAACACUUUGGCCCAGCUGGAGGAGGCGUGCCGCCGACUGGAGGAGGUCUCCACCGCCAAGACCUCCAAGCAAAGGCAUUCGCUGUCCGGCCUCCAGCGGGACAAGAGCCACCUGGUGCCUGCGCAGAGCGGCGGGUCCGCCCCCGCGUCGCCUGCCGUCCCGAACCUCGCCCCCGCCCCCGCCCCCGCCGCCCUCUGCCGUCAUUCAGACGACGCGGCGGAGUGUCGGAAAGGCGGCGAGACGGUGGUGACGUACUUCUUCUGCGGGGAGGAGAUCCCCUACCGGAGGACCAUGAAGAGCCACAGUCUCACCCUCGGCCACUUCAAGGAGCAGCUGCGCAAGAGGGGAUCUUACAGGUACUAUUUCAAGAAGGCCAGCGACGAGUUUGAGUGCGGCGCCGUUUUCGAGGAAGUGUCGGACGACGGCUCCUUGCUCCCCACCUACGAAGGCAAGAUCCUGGGCAAGGUGGAGAGGAUGGACUGAGACGACGACGGCGGCGGCGGCGGCGGGUCCGACGAAGGACGACCCGGCCAGUUUUCUCGAGAGAACUCGACGGUUCGGACCGUGAAGCUGAAUGAGCGCUCGGCAGACGGGCCGACCCGACCCCGCCCCCAGUGACGCUUGUGACGUAGCGUAAAAAAAAUCUCUCUUGGUAUUUAUUGAAGACGGCGCCACAACGGACACUUCCAUGGACAUGCUGCUUGAAGAUGGCCACCAAAAGGAGGAAACGUUUUUUUUUUUUUUUUUUUUUUUUCCAUUCCUCUGUGGUCAUCACUUCUUCAAGGAAAUUCUCUGCAAACUUCACAAAUACCUCUGGUGUUUCAUGAGGGCCAAUCCCAGAUUUACUACUGCAGUGCUACUUGUGCCCCCCCCCCCCCCACCCAACGACCCCCGAGAGUCACUUUUAACUGAUUGAAUUCGCCUCUCUGGGACAUGCCUUGAUCCAUCUGCUCGCAGUGCCUUUGUUUGAGUGGCGCAGGCGUUGCACAAAUAGCCUUCGCGUCCACACAAAGAGAACCCCCCCCCCCCCCCCCCAAAAAAAAAGCGUUUACAUCCCGAAGAAUAUUGACCGACAGAAGCUCUCGAAGAUGCUCCCCAAAUGCGAGUCUGCACGACGACGCCGUACACGUCAUGUAGUUUUGGGAUGGAGUACAGCAGCUGUGCUUACAUGGAUUCUUGCCGUGUUUGACCCCGUUUUAAGGGGUCCCCGUUACUCCCUUGGUUUUCGCAAGGGGCCUUUAAAAAAAAAAAAAAAAAAACUAAAGAUAUUUUUAUGCAUUUUUAUCCGUAUCUUAUUACAUUAACCGUUUAUGUUUUAUAAUAUUUUACAUGGCUUCCUCGGCUCCACUUAAAACUGUAAAUUAUGCGUUCUAUAGAGCUCGGUACUUUAAUUAUUGUAAUUAUGAAGAGAUGUAGCCUUUAUUAAAAUGUUCUAUUUUUGAAAUG